AUGUUCUCGUGGAUAGCCAUGAUGCCGCUCGUUCUGUUCUGCUUGGUGGGGCCGCGGGCCGGGGUGGUAGCCACCUUCGGGCUCAUCGGCGAGAGUCUGCUCAUCUACGCCCUCACACCUGACGACGCGCGCAACGGCCAAGCGUUCGAUCUGGCGUGCGUACAGCUGAACCAGCAGGGCAUCGUGUUCGUUCCCUUCGCGUGCGCCAAGUUGGACAUUCACGGCGCCCACAUCGGUCGCUUCCCCACGAGCCUCCAGGGUAAGCUGCUCACGAGCAAGAUCCUGCUGAUCGCGUUCAUGGGUGUCUUUGCCUACGUGUACGAAUCGAACAGGCGUAGCGCGCUGAGGCGGAUGAUGGUGGCGCUGCAGCAGAAGGAGAGGGUCAACGUGUCGCUCCAGCAGGCCACCAAAGCCAAAACGGCCUUCCUCGCCAACAUGAGUCACGCGAUGGCGAAGGACCUGAUGGAGAUGCCGCUCAGCGAAGGGGCUUUCGAAUCGGCGCGCAUCAUCAGCGAUUGCGCGGACCACUUGCUGGGCCUCGUCAACGACAUCCUCGACUUCGCCCGCAUCGAGUCCAAUCAACUGGAACUGGAGUCCAUUCCGCUGUCGGUGUGCGAAGAAGUAGACAAGGCCGUGAGUCUGCACACGGUCAUGGCCAAGAAGAAGCACGUCGCCCUCAUCUCCGAAAUCGACAUCGCACAGCCCCUCCGCCUCGGCGAUCCACUCCGGUUUCGACAGAUAUUGCACAACCUGCUGAGUAACGCGAUCAAAUUCACGCCCGCGGAGGGCCACGUAAUGGUGUCGGCCUCCACGGGUCAGGCCGACCCCGAAAUCGUGUCGCUCAGCGUCGCGGACACGGGCAUCGGCAUUCCGCCCCAGGGCCUCGAGAACAUAUUCAAGAGCUUCUCCCAGCUGGAUGCGAGUGUGGGGCGUAAGUUCGGCGGCUCGGGUCUCGGCCUUGCCAUCAGCAAGAAACUGUCCCUCGCGAUGCAGGGCGAUAUCAAGGUGGAGAGCGAGGUGGGCAAGGGAUCCGUGUUCACCUUCACCGUCCGUCUGCCCCUCUACCAGCCCAAAACGCCGUUGACUAUGCGCCGCGAGCACCCGACCACCGAAGAUGGCACCACCGCUGCUGCUGUUAAGGACUUGCUGCACGGGAGGAAGGUGCUGGUGGUGGAGGACAAUAUCAUCAACCAGAAAGUGGCCACCAAGAUGCUCACCUCCCUCGGCUGCUCCGUCACGAUCGCGGGCGAUGGCGGGGCAGCGGUGGGGUUGUUCGAGAGGGAGACGUUCGACGUGAUCCUCAUGGAUGUGCAGAUGCCCAUCAUGGACGGCUUCCAGGCCACGGCCCGCAUUCGCCACAUCGAACACCGCCGCGCCCAAACCUGGGAGGAGUACCGGUGCGAGGAGAAGCCGAAGAGCAAAGAGCUCAAGCCCGAAGAAGGCGACGACGAGAACGAGAACGAGAAGGAAGCGGAGGUCAGAUCAACGACAGAUGAAACUGAAGUCAAGCGGACGACGCACGGGACGAAGCGGGUGCCGAUCGUGGCGCUGACGGCGUCGGCCACGCGGGACUACGAGACCGAGUGUCUGGAGAAGGGCAUGGACCGGUUCCUCACCAAGCCCUUCAGGAAGGAGACCCUCCAGGCCACCCUGAUCGGUCUCUUCCGUCCUCCUCCGCCCUCGGAGAUUUCUUCGCCUCCUUCGCCCGCCCCUGCCUCGCCACACUAG